AUGCCAGACGAGCUUCCGCCUCCAAACACCCAGUCCAUGGUACCGAACCUCGGUGUCACUACUACGGAAGUGGAUCAAAUCCUGGCGGGGAUUGCGGGCCGGGAUGCUCUCCCUUCUGGCCUCCCCGCGCCCUCCAUUCGACAGACACCCAUCGAUGAAGUGGCCGGAAAUGAACGCAUCUUCGCCAUAGCCUUUCCCACGCUGUACCCGACGGGAGCCGCGGAUUUCAAUAUUCCCCGGGUCCGGUUCAGCUUGGAAGGAUUAUCAACCCAAUAUCCUGUUUCUCACAGGAAAGUGCAUGGCCGCCAGAGUGAAUCCACGGCCAUCACACAAUCUCAUUUCUACAAAGAGAGGUUCUCCGGUGCAAGUCGACUUGCAUGA